CUAUCCUGCACUCCCCCGCCCCGUUUAUCACCGCCCACCCUCCAAGUCCAAGCAACCAAAGCCAAACUCAUUUCAUAUCUGGUUUCUGCCCACUUGUCGCAGUCUCUCUUCCACAAACCUCUACUUUUUAUUACUAAAUGCGCUCCUCCUUCCUCCCCACUGGCUGGUGAAUUAGGGUUAGGGUUUUGUAGCUGCUCCAUUUAACUGCCGCAUGAAUGCUUGUGUCAGAGUAGCUGUAUUUAUUGCAGGGGUAUUCUGUGUUGGUAGUUUUAGGGAAUUAGGGCUUGGUAAUGUGUUCUUGGUUUGAUCUUUCAAUGCCUGGGGAUUUUUGGUCUGUGUAGUAGCUGUAUGGCUCCGAGCAGAAGAAAAGGUGCUAAUAAAGCUAAGGCAGCGGCCGGUCGGCCGAAGUGGAAGGUCGGCGAUCUCGUGCUUGCCAAAGUCAAAGGGUUUCCUGCUUGGCCUGCUACUGUCAGCGAGCCACAGAAGUGGGGUUACCCUGCUGAUUUGAAGAAAGUGCUAGUCUAUUUCUUUGGCACUCAACAAAUUGCCUUCUGUAAUCCUGCUGAUGUUGAAGAGUUCACAGAAGAGAAGAAAGUCUCUCUGCUAGGAAAACGCCAUGGAAAAGGCUCUGAUUUUGUUCGUGCAUUAAAUGAGAUCAUUGAUUGCUUUGAGAAACAGAAGAAACAGGACCAAAUUAGUGAUGAUAUCACGGAGGAAACUAAUGUCACCAAUGAAAACAAUUCAGAUGAAUCCUUGACUAAAUCUGUGACUGAUGAAGCUCCUGUAAUUACAGCUAAAGAACUUUCGGGUGGAGCAGCUAAUAAUCUAAACUCUCUAACUGAAGCUGCUGUAGCUGCAGCAGCGAAAGAUGCUUUGCACGAUGAGGAGAUGCAGUUGGAGGAAGCAAAUUCUAAUUCAGUUUUUGCAGAUGCACGUGUGUAUUCAACCAGAAGCAAAACUGAUGCUGCCCAAUCAAGGAACAUUGUGGGACAGAGGAGGAUAUCUGGUCGGAAGUUAAGAAGUUCUUCAAGGAUAAAUGCUAGUAGGCUGCAGAGAUUAAUGUUGCCUACCACCAAUAACACUAGGAGCUCUAGGCGGUUGGGUGAUAAUACUUUACAGGAUAGAUCAGUUAGAAGAAGUAAAAGGAUUAUGAAGUCAUCUGAUGAUUCCGAGGGGCCUGAUGUCGACUCACCUGCUUUUGUGUCACAUGAUAGCGUCGAAGAGAAUGAUUCUGAGAUUAUGACAGUAGACUCUGAUACACUUAGUUCUAAUGAUGGCAGCUCUGUGGACUCGGGUUGUGAGCCAGUUGGAGAGGGACCUCUCAUUGAAAAUAAUGAAGGGGAAACAGAGUUAAGUGACAGGCUUGACUUUCAAACUAACGCUACCAUCAUUAAGAAGAAAAGGAAGCCUAAUCGCAAAAGACACAGAAAUGAUAUUGUUUUGGUGGCUAAACUGGAUGAAGUUAUUUCAGAGGCUGAAGAGCUCAAGACUGAAUGUAUUUCACCUAGUAAUAAUGAGAAAGUGGCUGAAAAAUAUGCUAAGGAAGAUGGUGAUGAGCACUUACCAUUAGUUAAAAGAGCCAGAGUUCGUAUGGGCAGACCAUCACCUCCAGGGGAUGAGGAAACGCAAGAAGUGGAACAAAUAAUGGAAGUUCCUGGAAAUUUAGCUGUACAGUCUUCUGGGCACUUGAAUUCUAAGUUGGAUGCUCCGGCUGAUAGAGAGACUCUCCCCAUUAAAGAAGAUCAGGGUACUUCGUCAUCUUUAUUGCAUGCAGGUCCUGCUAGAAAGCCUAAGUAUUGGGAAACUAGAAAGAGUUUUGUGGAUGGUGAAGCUGCUUUACCUCCAUCUAAACGCCUACAUCGUGCCUUGGAGGCCAUGUCUGCCAAUGUGGCUGAAGAUAAUCAAAGAGAUUCCAUUUGUUCACCAACAGUGGAUACUCAUACAAAUGGAUGUUGUUCUUCUUCCUUUGCAGAAUGCUCUGAGCAGUCCAUGGAAAGAAAAGAUGUGGUUGAAUUGGGAUCCAGACAGGUGGAGGAUCAUAAAAAUGAUGAUUCUCACUCAAGUGCUUCCGGGUUCUGUGCCAGGUCCAACAUGGAAGUGCCAGAAAAUGAUGGAAAAACCACUGCAUGGGAGUCAGAUUGUGGUAAAUCUUGUGGUAGUGAUAACUCAAAUCCUGAAUUUGGAAAAGAUUCAUCUGAACAUGUGGAAGGUGCUGACAGCAAAUGUCUAAAAUUGUUGCCCCUGGACGAGUGCCCCGAGAAAGCUGAUGCUGAGCAUCAGCAUGCAAAUCCAGAUUCACCUAACUGUGGUGAAAAAUUAUCUCGUUUGGACAGCAAUGAGCCAUGUUUUAUUAUGGCAGCUGAUGGCUGCAAGAUUGAACCUUCAGGGUUAAAGGAGGCUGCUAAGAGAUCUGAGCCUGAUGUUUCCCAGACGAACUCAGAUUCCAUUAUGGUGGAAGAAAUUGCUGGUAGUUCACUUAAUACUGACAGAGAUACUCUGAUAGAUAAUGCAGAUGGUGGAGGUGAUGAAGAUACCAUGACUGACAGUCCACAUGGUGGAGUUGAGGAAGAUAUUCUGGUAGACAGUGCAGAUGGUGGAACUGAUGAAGAUACUCUGAUAGACAGUGCACAUGGUGGAGGUGAUGAAACACACAAGACUAAGCACCUUUGUUUAUCCGAGACUAACCAAAAUGGUCCGAGGCCAGAGUUUGCGGAAGCAGCUGGACCAGAAUCACCAGAUUCAAAUGUCAUGCCAUCGGCUACUCCUGCGAAUGUUUUGACUAGCGGUCAUCAUGGACUUGUGUCUCACUCUAAUUCUAUAUCUGAUGAUCAUCUGGACAAUAGAAUUGUUUCAAUCACUCAGGCUUCUUCAUAUACGACUAAUGGGCCAGACCCUGUUGCCAGGGCAUCUCCUCCCAAUUCUUCCAUAUGCAUCAUUUCUGCAUCAGAUAAGAAUAGUUAUGUUAGAAAGAGAAGCCCUCGCAGCCCUGAUGUUGAAAAGGCUAAAGUUGCUGGCAAGUCCAGCAGCAAAGUGGAAAUCUUGUCAUCCUUUGAAGCUACUAUUAGAUCUUUGACAAGAACAAAAGACAGCAUAGGUCGAGCAACACGGGUUGCUAUUGACUGUGCGAAAUUUGGUUUUGCGACUAAGGUGGUUGAAAUACUGGCCCGUAAUUUGGAAAGUGAGUCAAGUCCACACAAAAAAGUCGACUUAUUUUUCCUUGUUGACUCUAUCAGUCAGUGCUCCGGAGGCAUGAAAGGUGAUGCUGGCAUGUAUCCCUCAGCAAUACAGGCAUUGUUGCCACGUUUAUUGUUGGCUGCUGCUCCUCCUGGUACUAAUUUUUAUGAGAAUCACAGGCAGUGUUUAAAAGUUUUGAGAGUUUGGCUGGAGAGAAAGAUUCUUCCAGAAUCAAUAAUUCGUUACCAUAUUCGAGAACUUGAUGCCCUUUAUGGUUCGCAUCUUAUGGGUGGCUCCAGCCGAUCUCUGAGAUUAGAAAGGCCUUUUGACGAUCCUAUCAGAGAAAUGGAGGGAAUGUUGGUAGAUGAAUAUGGAAGUAAUUCAAGCAUUCAACUCCCUGGUUUUUGUAUGCCUCCAAUGCUGAAGGAUGAAGAUAUUGGAAGCGAUUCUGAUGAAGAGAGGUUUGAGGCUGUUACUCCAGAGCAUAAUGUUGAAAAGCUUGAUGGUGAUGCAAAUCUGGUUACUGCAGUUGAGAAGCGUAGCCAUAUCUUGGAAGAUAUUGAUGGUGAGCUGGAAAUGGAGGAUGUGGCGCCGACUUGUGAAGUUGAAAUUAGUUCUACCAGUAAUAUUGCUGGAACAGAUUGCAAACAGAUAUCUCGCCAUCAAUGUGACAACCAUUAUGGGUUACCAUUUGGCCCUCAACAACCCAAGGAUACCCGUUUAAUGUCUGCUCCUUUGCCAAGGUCUCCGCUGCCUCCGCCUCCACCACCACCACCACCACCUCCACCUCAUUCGCUUCCACACUCUGCUUUUCCUCCUGCAGUGCUUGAUUCUGUUUCAAAUGGUCCUGAUUCAAAGCUUUAUCUGAGUUCUCAGGAACCCAUUGUGAAGCAGUCUCUUUUGCCAAGAGUCAAGCCAAGAACUUUGAAUGCUGUGCAUCACCUUGCUCAUGACAGUAUAGAUUCCGAAGCCCAGUUACCGAGACAGACACCUGAUUGCAGCAAUGCUUGUCAUUUCAGUGAUCAACCUAACUCCCAUUUAUCUAGUCGAGCUCCUAAUGGCUUCCAACCUGUGGAUAGUGCUUUCAGCAAGGGUUUUCAUCUGCGCCCUCCACACCCUGCUCCAUCAAAUCAGUUUUCGUAUGUCCGAGAACAACGAAUCCAAUCACGAAGGGAUAUCCCACCACCUUCCCAUCCCAACAGAUUCCACAUGCGUAAUGCAGAAAAUGGAAAUUUCUACAGGGAUCGUGACAGAAAUAAGUUUGGCUCACGUGAUAAUAUUGGAGAAUACUGGAGGCCACCAUUGCCGUCCAUCUCUGGCCCAUGCUAUCACAACAGUUCCCGGAUGGCUCAUGCACCCAUGUCGUACAAUGGGCCACCACGUGAGCCAGCAUUGCCUAACAAUCGGUGGAAUUUCCAUCCAAGGUCCAUGAACAGACAAUUUAAUCCUUACAGGCCACAUUCGGAAGGCCCUAUUCCAGUCGCAAAUAGAGGUCCGUUAUCUCUUUCUGUCCUAAUUUCUGGAAACCUAAAUAAACAUUUGGAAGCAGCUGGCGUCAAACUGGUCAAAGUCUCACUGGAUUUUCGCAGAAGAAAGAAAGAAAAAUACGGAGAGAAAAUGGGUGCCUCUCCGUCAGUCCCUCAGAAAUCCAUUCACGAGUUUACUGUCAAGGAUAGUAAAGGCAGGGAUGUGGACCUGAGCACCUAUAAAGGGAAAGUCUUGCUUGUCGUGAACGUUGCUUCGAAAUGUGGGUUCACAAACUCAAAUUACACCCAGUUGACUGAGCUUUACUCGCAAUAUAAGGAUAAGGGUCUUGAGAUACUGGCAUUCCCGUGCAACCAGUUCUUGUAUCAAGAACCAGGAUCGAGCCAAGAAGCUGAACAAUUUGCCUGCACAAGAUUCAAGGCUGAGUAUCCCAUAUUUCAGAAGGUCAAAGUGAAUGGAGCAGAUACAGCACCUGUUUACAAGUUCCUUAAAUCAAGUAAAGGAGGUCUAUUUGGGUCUAGCAUCAAAUGGAACUUCACUAAGUUCCUAGUCGACAAAGAAGGGGUUGUAAUUAAACGUUAUGGAUCAACUACCUCACCUUUGGCAGUUGAGGGCGAUAUCAAGAAAGCUUUGGGAGAAACUUGAGCAUAUGAUGCUCAGAUGGGCAAACUUUUAGGGUGAUUUAAUUGUAAGACUGGUGUUUUCUUUUAGUACUCUUGGCCUCGAUUGUACAUGAUUGUGGUUGUAUAUGUGGGUUGACUUUUGGCAAAAGAUGUGUAUUUUCAAAAGAUACCGCUUCCAGUUUUGCUCGGAAACAAAUCAAAACAAUCUUCAUACGCGUGUUUCA